AUGGAUUAACACCUGGGAAAAUUUUCUCUUCUCUCGAGCUGUGCGUAUACGGCGUUUUGAUCUUUUUCUCUCCAAUAAAUUCACUCUCUCUCUCUCUCUCUCUCUCUCUCUCUCUCGUUCUGCUACUCAUUGCAAUUGAAUCCUCUCUUGUGCUCUAUCUUUGAGCGAGAGGAUCCGGUGCGGAGUUGGGGGAAGUGCGAAAAUGGCGAACCAACCCGUGGCUUCUCCUUCUAAUCCCAUCGAUGAAUCCCAAAACCCUGGGCCUGAAGGGUCCAAUCUUGUGGAUGAAGAGCAACACGAAGCUAAGGAAGACAUUGGUGCACAAAAAUCAGUUUUUGCUAUUUCCGAACCAAUAAGGGAGGAUCAAGUGCAAAAUGCUGUUAAUUUUUUGUCGCACCCAAAAGUGAGGGGUUCCCUGGUCAUUUAUAAGCGUUCAUUCCUUGAGAGGAAAGGAUUAACAAGGGAGGAAAUUGAUGAAGCCUUUCGUCGUGUCCCUUUUCUACAGGAUCCACCUUCAAAUGCUACAAGUGCUGAAGCUACAGCGAUGAAUCAUGUUAUCCAACCAAGCUCAUCCGUGGAGCCUGUAGUUCCUACUCAGAGCCAGCAACUUGUAUAUGCUCCUCGUGAUGCUCUUGCAGCAGUCCCAAGCGUACGGCAAUCUAGGUUCCACUGGUCCCAAGCUUUUCUUUCUAUUGGGUUACUUGCCGCUUCAGGAGCGGCAGCAUCCGUGCUUUUUAAGAAUGCAGCAAUUCCUAGAUUGAAAUCUUGGAUCAGGAAGGUUGUAGAAGAAGAAUAUGAAAUAGAGAAGUACAAGAAACCGAGACCAGCCCUAGCUGAAGAAGCAGUAGAGGCUGCAAAAGAAGCUGCCUCUGCUGCUGCUGUUGUGGCAACAGCUAGUCAAGAGCUCCUGAAUGCAAAAAAUGAAGAGAGGAAGUUCUUUGAGGAUUUUGUGGAAAAACUAGAUGCUCAAGUGGAAGAGAUGAAGAUGAUGGGCAAUGCUCUCCGUACUCUGGAGAAUUCAAAAGAAAUAGUAAACUCACAGGACAAGCAAAUAGGAGAGUAUGAUCAGUCUAAACUACGGAACAGGACAACUAAUAGUUCUCAGGGAAUAUCUGAGGCCAGUCAAUCGAAUUUAAGCAUUUCAUUUAACAAGCAGCAAGAGAAAGUAAAUGGCAUAAAUAACACAAAUAAGACGGACUCUCAUUCAGUGAGGCCUUCAUCUUCGCUUGCAUCUAUCGAUCCACCGCACCCAAAGUCAUAUAUGGAGAUCAUAGAAAUGGUUCAAAGAGGGGAGAAACCACCUAAUAUUAAGGAAAUUAAUGACAUGCCCCCUAAUCCCGAUCAGCCAAUACCAAAACCUCUUCUCGCUCCUAGACCAAAGCCGUGGGAAGUCAUGCAGCAACAGCAAUCAAACUCUAGUUAUGUUCCUAAACCCCAAUUCAAUGGCCAAGGAUUGAAUUUUGAGGCUCGAGGAAAUAGAUCAAUUCCGAUUACUGGGUCAUUUGACAAUUCAGAGCCAUGGCGGAGACAUAAGGCCGAAAAUGGUACAGAGGCCGAACCUCAAGUAGCGGAACCAAAGUGGUUACCUUCUGCAACGGGAUCCCUUGAGCGGCUUAACAGAAGCUGGAAGCCUCCUCAGCCACCGGAACUGCUGAAGCAAGAAGCUGCGAUUGCUAUCAGAGAACCAGACUCGCCUGUUCAAAAGCAGCAGUUAAGCGAUGAGAGUGCACAUCUUCUUUUGAAUGGUAGUGAUCAAAAGGACACAGCAUCCGAUCUCGUUGUCGGGUCAGAUGAAAAGGAAGUUGAUGUGGAAGUUUGAAUGGAGGAAAGUCGUGCAAGGUUGACAUGUAAUAGCUUGAAUAUUCAUAACUAAUGCUGGGGAAAACAAGAAUAAGUCAAAUAGGUCUGUUCAUAUGGGUGAUUAGUGACACAGUUCUUACGAGCUAAUCAACAAGAUGAAGGACAUGAACAACAUUGUGUAAUUUGGUGGAGGAAACUGCAGAACUGUGUACCUUUUAUGUUUGGCUCCAUCGAAGGUGAAGUGGCGAAAUCUUUCGUUACAAUCUCAGAAGCUAAUACUCAGUAUUUCGAAGGUGAAGUGGCGAAAUCUUUCGUUACAAUCUCAGAAGCUAAUACUCAGUAUUUGUUUUCUGCGUAGCUUCAUUACCUUUUGCUUUAAUAGUAACUAUACACCCUUGAAUGCCCGUUGGACUGCAAACAUAUUGUUGUUCUGUAAUUUGAUAAUGUGAUUAGAGGAUCGUUAUGGGGCCAAAUUGCUGUAUCUUUUACUCUUUCUAUGGCCUUAAAUUACUCUAUUUCUCAACAUAUUUGAGAACUAAGUGUGCCAACUGUGCAUUGAGGGUGCAUACAAAGGAGUUUGAGUUGAAUAAAAGCAACAUCCUAGAAAACAAAA